CUAUACUAAGGGCGUGACUUUUAACUGCAAACUCUUUCACAUACUGUCACUAAUCACACUUAUAAUUUUUCUUUACAAAAUCUGCACCAUUUUCUUGGACUACAAAGAGCAUCAUGCACAAGACAAACUCCAUUUGACCAUAUUUCCAUUUUAAUCUGUCACGACAUCUUGUUCUCUGUGAACUUAUUAUAUUUCGUUUUGAUUCUAAGUUCAAAUCUUUUUCGAUACUGAAGAUUGUCAAUGAAGAGAUGCAAAGACAUCGUCCAGGUCACGCAGUCAAAAUGUUCAACCGAGCUGUAGAACCACAAGUGCACGCCUUGCACCAGUACAAGAAUACAGUAGCCACACGCCUACCAAAGGAAUUAAGCAAUGCAUCAGUAGUGUUCGAUAUCGACCGGCCUAAAACAUUUGAAGAGUACGUGGCAAAUAUCAAAGAGACUGUGGAGUUUGAUAUCAUUCAUUUUAUUCACUCCAUUUAUGGUAUCACUGAUGUAGAGAAAGUCCUGAAAUACUGUUACGAGAAAGGACUGGGCAAUCACGGUGCCAUAGUUUUGAUUGUGAACGGAAAAGAUGAUACUUUUAAGCUUAUACAACGCACGCUAGGAAUUAGUUAUUUGGAUAGUGAGAUCGUUAAAAUUGUCCGACAAAAUGGCUGGCGUCACGAGGUUUAUCGCCAAGAAUUUUACACCGAUGUAACCCAGGUAUUCGAAGAAGAAUCGAUCGAAGGAAACCUGUUGCUUGAUUUCUUUGCACAUUCACAAGAUUUUCGCUUGAAUGGUGAUCCUGAAAAAGUUAAAAUAACACUGGAGUGCUUCAAAGAAAAGUCGACCUUUGAGGAUGGAAAGGUUUUGGCAAAGAAACAUGACGAUGUACAUAUCAUUUUUAAGUAAUUUAAUAGUCAGUUUUGCAAAAAAUCAUCCUUCAUUGUGAAUUAUCUACCGCAAUAUUCGCUGUUGUUGCUGUCGCUGUUGUUGUUGUUGUUGCAGUUGGUUCGAAUCUAUUUCAAGGCAUCACACGUUUAUAAAUGAUUAGUUUGGGUUGGAAUAGCAAGUUGGUCCGAUGAGAUUCAUAAAAAGCAAUCUUAUUUUUUUUAGCGU